AUGUCUGCAACUCGAAGAAGGGGACCUUGGUCCGUUGAGGAGGAUAAAAUUCUCUUGGAUCUUCUUAAUAAACAUGGGGUUUUCAACUGGGUGAAAAUUAGCUCACUCUUGAAGACCCGCUCUCCGAAACAAUGCCGUGAGCGUUACCAUCAAAAUCUUAAGCCCUCGUUAAACAAAACCCCCAUUUCGGAAGAGGAAGGCGAACUUAUCCAGGAACUCGUCUCCAAGAUAGGCAAGAAGUGGGCCGAAAUAUCCCGUGUUCUUAACAAUGGAAGAUCGGACAACGCGAUCAAAAACUGGUGGAAUGGGGGUUCCAAUAAGCGUAAGCGUGUUGCUAAGAAUGGGUCUCCACGUCCUACGCUCCGUACUCGCCAUCGGUUGUCUACGAUCGUCCCACCUGUACCUGUAACUCCUAUGAUGCGCAGACAGACCCUUCCCUCUCUCCAUAAUCUUGCACAAGUCAGUGCGCUAACCAGUGCACGUGCAUCCAUGGAUGCUGGAUCUUAUGAGCCUAGAAAAGAGAGUGUUCGGCAAUUUGUAUGGUAUUCAGCUCCGGAACUGCCACCUCUUCGGAACGCUUCAGACGCUGUUCCAAGGUUGCCUACCUUGUUACCUCCACAGUACGUCCAGCCACCACCAAGAACCCCACAGGUUGCUCCUUCACUGGCUCGUGUUGAUAAUAGCCCAGACAGAACUAUCAUGAAGUCUGCAGAUGGCGCUUCCCCACGCGAAUCACUUUAUGACGACAAUGAGCGCUCCGCACUAUGUAAGCUAGAUCAUCUCCUAAACAAAGACGCAGGAUCGUCUCAUAAAGCACCAUACGCUGCCAUUUCACACAUCUCGAAUGUGGCAACCAUAUCUGCAAUUAGACAUAAGGGAAACCGUGCCAUUAGUGGUUGA